AUGGCAGGGAACAUCCUCAUUGUUAUGGUAAUUAUGGCUGAUCAGCACCUUCACACCCCCAUGUACUUCUUCCUGGGGAAUUUGUCCUGCUUUGAGAUCUGCUACACCUCCACCAUCCUGCCCAGGAUGCUGGCCAGUCUCCUGACUGGGGACAGAACCAUUUCAAUCAGAAACUGCUUCUUGCAAUAUUAUUUCUUUGCUUUCCUGGUACUUGCUGAGUGUUAUCUCUUAUCUGUGAUGUCUUAUGAUCAGUAUUUAGCCAUCUGCAAAGCACUGCGUUAUGCAUCCCUUAUGAAUGGCAAUGUCUGUGCCAUGCUAGCAGCUGCUUCUUGGGUAAGUGGGUUUCUGGCUAGCACCAUAAUCACCUCCCUGAUAUCCCAAUUCAUUUUCUGCGGCCCCAAUGAAAUUGAUCAUUUCUUUUGUGAUUUCAACCCAAUAAUAAAACUGUCCUGCAGUGACACGCAUCUGGCUGAACUCGCCAUCCUCAUUCUGGCCUCAAUAUUCACCCAGCUCCCAUUCCUUACCCUGACGUCCUAUGUUUAUAUCAUUCUCAGUAUCCUGAGAAUCCCUUCCACCACCGGCAGGCAAAAGGCCUUUUCCACCUGCUCCUCUCACCUCAUCGUGGUGACAAUUUUCUAUGGGACCAUAAUUAUUGUGUAUCUGCUCCCCAAAACCAACACACUGAAAGCCCUGAACAAAGUGUUCUCAGUCUUCUACACUGUUCUGACCCCCCGGUCAAUCCACUCAUCUACAGCCUGA